GGCGCGGGCGCACCCGGCUGUCGGCAGCGGCGGCUCCACCUCGGCUGUCCCCGGGCCGCGCGCGCGAUGGCGGGGACCGCGCUCAAGGUCGCGGGGCGCCAGCUCAGCCAGCGCAGCGGCUCUGGAGCCCCUCUGCUCCUCCGGCAGCUGUUCGAGCCCAAGAGCUGCACUUACACCUACCUGCUGGGGGACCGCGAGACCCGGGAAGCGGUGCUCAUCGACCCGGUUCUGGACACGGCAGCCCGGGAUGUGAAACUCAUCCAGGAGCUGGGGCUGCGGCUGCUGUUUGCAGUCAACACCCACUGCCAUGCCGACCACGUCACGGGUUCGGGGCUGCUGCGCUCUCUGCUGCCCGGGUGCAAAUCCGUUAUCUCCCGUCUCAGCGGGGCCCAGGCCGACGUGCACCUCGAGGACGGGGAUGCCAUCCGCUUCGGGCGCUUCACCUUGGAGACACGUGCCAGUCCUGGCCACACCCCAGGCUGUGUCACCUUCGUGCUGAAUGACCAGAGCAUGGCCUUCACCGGAGACGCCCUGCUCAUCCGAGGGUGUGGCAGAACCGACUUCCAGCAAGGUUGUGCUAAGACCUUGUACCAUUCUGUCCAUGAAAAGAUCUUCACGCUUCCAGGAGACUGUCUGGUUUACCCUGCUCACGAUUACCAUGGGCUAACAGUGUCCACUGUGGAGGAGGAGCGGACUCUGAACCCUCGGCUCACCCUCAGCUGUGAGGAGUUUAUCAAGGUCAUGGACAACUUGAACUUGCCCAAGCCUAAGCAGAUAGAUGUUGCUGUUCCAGCUAAUAUGCGCUGUGGGGUCCAGAGUCCCCCCUCUUGAUGAGGGCUCUCCUAGCUGCUCCUGGCCAUUAGGAAUUGCACUAAGGAGGGGCUGGGGAGAGGUGCCCCCCUCCUCAUUCCCCUUCUCCCCAGCCUUUUAACUUCUUCAAUAAAGAUUAUUUU